AUGUCCCAUCCCCCGUCUACCAUCUCCCACAAUGCUGAACUUGAGCUCUCAGUCAACGUCGGCGGCGCCCAGCAAUCCUUGAUCGCUGCCCCAGUCCUCUUGGGCAAAUUUGCUCGAAGGAUUCAUCCCCCAUAUUGGCUGAUGCACAACCACUACGCUAUACGCAUCGAGGUGUCAGUCGCCCGUCGAUGGUCAGCCCACCUUGGUGGCAGUCGACGUUCGCGCCGCGUUCCACUCGGGCUCGUCCUCACCCCUGUCGUCAAGAACUGUAGCGGCAGGGGUAGCGGGUCAACGCCUUUCCGAUACAGUCGUCUGUCAGGGACGGACGACUCGGACCGUGCGGAGUGGACGCGUCGCAUUGCAAGGCUGGGCCUCUGA